UGCCCGCCCUGCCUGCGCCUGCUGCGCGAGGCGCGCGACUUCCAGGCGGCGCGCUACGACCGCCACGACCGCGGGCCCUGCCCCCGCAUGCGCCCGCGCCCCUCCACGGGCCUCGCCGAGAUCCUCGUGCUCGUGGGCGGCUGCGACCAGGACUGCGACGAGCUGGUCACCGUCGACUGCUACAACCCGCAGACGGGCCAGUGGCGCUACCUGGCCGAGUUCCCCGACCACCUGGGCGGGGGCUACAGCAUCGUGGCGCUGGGCAACGACAUCUACGUGACCGGUGGCUCUGACGGCUCCCGGCUCUAUGACUGCGUGUGGAGGUACAAUUCCAGCGUGAAUGAGUGGACGGAGGUGGCGCCCAUGCUGAAGGCCCGUGAGUACCACAGCUCCUCCGUGCUCGACGGGCUGCUGUACGUGGUGGCCGCGGACAGCACGGAGCGCUACGACCACACCACCGACUCCUGGGAGGCCCUGCAGCCCAUGACCUACCCCAUGGACAAUUGCUCCACCACCGCCUGCCGCGGCCGCCUCUACGCCAUUGGCUCGCUGGCCGGCAAGGAGACCAUGGUGAUGCAGUGCUACGACCCGGACAUGGACCUGUGGUCCCUGGUGGACUGUGGCCCGCUCCCGCCCUGGUCCUUUGCCCCCAAGACCGUGACUCUGAAUGGACUUAUGUACUUCAUCAGGGACGAUUCCGCGGAGGUGGACGUCUAUAAUCCCACCAAGGACGAGUGGGACAAGAUCCCGUCUAUGAAUCAGGUGCACGUGGGGGGCAGCCUGGCCGUCCUCGGAGGGAAGCUGUACGUCUCAGGUGGUUACGACAACACGUUUGAACUCUCCGACGUGGUGGAGGCCUACGACCCAGAGACUCGGGCGUGGAGCGUUGUGGGACGGCUCCCGGAGCCCACCUUCUGGCACGGCAGCGUCAGCAUCUUCCGCCAGUUCAUGCCCCAGAUGCCCUCUGGGGGGCGUGGCUUCGCGCUGGACAGUGGCAGCAGUGACCUGGACGUGGCCCGGCCGCGGCGGCCGCAGAACCCCGACGAGCUGCACUAGCCCCGGCCCGGCCCGGGCAGGGCCUCGGUGCAGGUAACACGGCGCGUCCGGGGGGCGCCGUGAGCCCCUCCCGCGCGCACAAGGGCGGGUUGGCUUCCCCAGCUGCCGUUGGGCUCUCGGGCUGCCGAGUGACCCCAGCAGAGUUUCUGUGCACUUAGAGCCGGACUCCCAGCUGCUGGGGCCAAAGCUGGCAGCCCCUCCCAUGGCCCACGACGAGCUGCCUCCCUGCCCGCAAUGGGCUCCAGCCGGUGACCCCUCCGCUGCCACUACCUGUGCCUACUUGCUUCCACGUCGGAGAAGAGGGCCACUUGUGGGGGACAAGUCCUCCCACAGGAGUCCAAGAGGGGUCCAGGGCCAAGGGGUCCAGGCCUGCCUUCCUUGGCCCACGGGCUCUGCUGGCCUGGAGCAGUGGGAGGCCGGCGGGCUAUGGCCGCAGUGGGGUCCCCCACUCCACGUCCAGCGCUGGACAUCCCAGGGACCAGCUCCCCAGAUGGAGGGGGUCUGCCUGCCUGGCUCCUCAGGCUUGCGGGGACAUCACACCAAAACUCGCCUCACAGGUGCCGGGCAGCGGGACUGGACGGGAGCGUGGCCUUGAAGGGGGCCCCGAGGGACUUGCUGAGCAAAGCCUGGUCUCCGGUGAACCUGCAUUGAGGCAAACGCUCGGUGCCCCCGUCCGCCUGCCCUGCCAGCUGGCGUUGCCGCCUGACCUGGAGGCCUCCAGGACUGUCCUCCCAGGUGGACGCAGAGAGGGUGAAAGCCUGCAGGUCUGGGCCCCUUCCUGGGAGGCCCUAGGAGUUAGUCAUCGAAGGCCAGCCGGGCCAGCGGCCGUGGGUGCCCUUGUCUCCCCUGGGAGCAAAAAAUCCUGCUGCUUCCAAAGGGAGCCCUGGGCGGGGUGGCCUCCGUGGUUGCCUGCAAGGUUUGAAAUGCAGUUUGGCCCUUCCUCAGAGGGGAGGGGGUGGGCAGGGAGGCAGCCAGGAGCAGAGUCUCUGAUGGUGCCAUCUCUGAACGUCUCCGCUGGGCAGGGGGAUCUCUGCAGGGCAGGGUGACAGCCCCACACCUCCCAAGCCUGGGGUGUCCCCGGGAGGGGUGGCAGGAGCAGCUCCCAGGAAAUCCCGCAGCUCAGGGCUCCCUGGUUCCUCUGGGGAGUGAGUGGUCUGGUCCCGUCAGGGUCUCCCAAGUAUCCGUUGGCUGAUUUGUCUGUCUUCCAAAGAGGAGGCGGCUUGCAUUUCCCUCAUUAGAGAGAGUUGUUGCCACCCGCAGCGAAUUGCCUGGGGGUGUGUUCUUAGCAGAGAAGUUCUAGCACUAGCGCUUCACAGACCCUUACUUUUUUUAGCCAGAUGGCAUGGGUGGUUCUGGGGAGGAAGUCUUGUGGCCUACAGAGCUGGGGGCUGGGGGCCCCCACUGUCCCCGCCAUAUGCUGUCGCUGUCUGGUCAGACCUGUUGCAGGAGCAGCUGCGGUCCACGGCCGCACUUCCCGUCCCCUCAGCUGUCACUCACCUCGCGCACACCCCCUGUGCCGGGCACUGCUGGACAGUCGGCCGCCUGGUGGCGAGCUGGGGGCUCCUCCGUGCCCCAGCCAGCCUUCGCCCCUCCUGGUGGGCGUGUCGCCGCUCUGUCAGGCCUUCCUGCCCCUGUCCCCCAGGUGAUGCUCUGACCUCCCUUCCUUGGGGCUGGUGACGCCUCCUCCUGGUGCCUUCCAGCAGGCUCACCCCACAGAGGUUUGCCGUGCUCUUUGGUCUCUGAAGUUAAGAGGGGGUCCUGCCACAGUAGCUGGUCCCGUCAGUGGUGGGGGGAGGGCAGGGCUGGCCGGUCUGGGCUGAGCUGCACGGGACUAAUAUGCCCCAGGCACUGUGCUCCGUGCCCACAGCUGUGGCCUGCCCGCUUGGUGUCAGGACAGGCCGCUCAGAUAGACGUGGCGAUGCCCGCCGACAGGUCAUCUGCCCGGGAAUCCUCCCGGAGAAAGAACGCAGGCCUUGACCUCCUGGGGAAGGCUUUGGUGCCCUUCCUGAGGGCCGUCGCUGUGGGGGGGCCCUAUGGCAGCUCUCCCCACCUCCCUCCAGGGGGCUGUGCUCUGUCAAGGUCAAGGACUUCCCCUGGUGAGUGACUAUCAGGGAGAGGUCUCAUGUAACACUUGCCAGGACAGGGCUCUGGGAACACCUCGGUUUUCUUACAGAGCCAGCCUCUGCAGACCAUACAGCAGGCAUGGGCCUUCCCUGCAGACGCUCCCCCGUGGCAGGGGGCCCGGGUCCUGGGUUCCUGCUCUUGGGGCUUCACUGUGACCAGCUGCCACACGACUGGCGGCUGUCAGAUGGCCAGUUUGGUGUGCACCCGUCAGGUUCCCUCCACCGGACCCCAUCCUCGGUCUGGAGCGCCAGGGCUGGGCAGCAGCAGCAGGCUCCUGCAGCCCCCAGCUGGGGGUGUCCACAGUCAGGGGCGGCCCUUCUGGCAGCGCCUGCUCCCCUGCCCAGCCCUCCCCGCUUCCCCCAGAGGGGGCUCUCAGCUGGGGAGCCCCCCCCCGCCCCACUUAGGGAUUGUCUAUACACUGACCAGGGUCAGAGACAGGCCAGCUGGAGGUGGACUGUCGUGUUUGGAUGUGCGGAACUGUUUAGUCUACAAGACAAAUUAAGUUAUGAAAAUUUAGUGACUCAUAUUUAAUGCUGAUUUGCUAUAAAGUAUUCUAUAUUUAUAUGACUUCAGAGACUCUUAUGUACUAAAGGACACACCCUUUUCAGUGUCCAGCUAUCUAGUCCCAACCCCAGAGGGUGGGGCAGACUUGCCUAUUUAUUUGUUCUGUAGGCGUAGGUGUCCAGAAUCCCAUUUAAGAUUUUAGGAUGCCUUCGAUGUAUACUUUUUGAAAUAAAACUAUUUCCUGUA